AUGGCAGUCACCUCUGAUAGAAAAAAUAAUAGAAAGAAGGCCAUUACCAAAUUUAACGAUUUGGAUUUUGUGCCAACUAUUAGUGAUAGUGAAGAAGAUGUUCCUGACUUGGAUGAUUCCGAUGAUGAACUCUUAACUUCUGAAAACAAAAGUGUUAAAACUCCUGCUAAGAGCAAAAAGGGUAAGAAAAAUGAUCCUGUAAAGAUCAAUGGAAAUGGUGAUGAAGUAGCUGAAGAUUUAAAUCCUGAUUUUAGAUUUAACAUAGAUGGUGGUGAAUUAUCAACAAACUUUCAAGGAUGGGAUUUUGUUGGUGAUCAAAAGGAAAAUGAUGAUGACAUGAAAAAAGACGUGGAUUUAGAUGGAAUUAUCAGAAGAAAAGGUGGUCUAUUGAAUAUGGCUCAUAUCGAAGUUGCUGAAGAAGAGGAAGAGGAAGAGGAAGAGGAAGAGGAAGAGGAAGAGGAAGAAGAAGAAGAACUGGCAAUGGAUGGUUUUGGUAUGGGUGCUACUAAAAAGAACGAGCAAGAAGAAGCUGGAGAUGAAGAUGAUGAUGAUAAUGAGGAGGAGGAAGAGGAAGAAGUCGACGAUGAUAAGGAAGACGAUGAUGAAGAAAGGGAAGAAGAUACUGCAGAAGAAAUGGCCAGCUUUUAUGCCCCAGAAAGUGAAAGUUCAGAAGCCACAAGUACCGUUCAUAGUACCUUUAACAGUCUAACACUAUCUCGUCCCGUCUUGAAAGGUCUGUCAGAUUUAGGUUAUACUAAGCCAUCUCCUAUUCAAAGUGCAACCAUUCCAAUCGGUUUAUCUGGUAAAGAUAUUAUUGCAGGUGCUGUCACUGGUUCUGGUAAAACUGCUGCAUUUAUGAUUCCAAUUAUCGAACGUCUGUUAUAUAAGCCUGCAAAAGUUGCAUCAACUAGAGUUAUCGUAUUGACUCCAACUCGUGAAUUGGCAAUUCAAAUUGCAGAUGUUGGUAAAAAGAUUGGUAAAUACGUUAGUGGUCUAACUUUUGGUCUGGCUGUCGGUGGUCUAAAUUUAAGACAACAAGAACAGGAAUUAAAAACAAGACCUGAUAUUGUCAUUGCUACCCCAGGUAGAUUUAUCGAUCAUGUCAGAAACUCUUCUUCCUUCAAUGUGGAUUCUGUUGAAGUGUUGGUAAUGGAUGAAGCUGAUAGAAUGUUAGAAGAAGGUUUUCAAGAAGAACUGAAUGAGAUUCUGACAUUACUUCCAAGCAAAAGACAAACAUUGCUGUUUUCAGCCACUAUGAACUCUAGAAUUAAGAGUUUAAUCUCAUUGUCCUUGAGAAAGCCAGUCAGAAUAAUGAUCAAUCCUCCAAAACAAGCUGCUGCUCGUUUGACUCAAGAAUUUGUACGUAUCCGUAAGAGAGAUCAUCUAAAGCCUGCAUUACUGUUUUACUUAAUUAGAAAAUUGGAUGGUACUGGUCAAAAAAGAAUAGUUGUAUUUGUAGCAAGAAAGGAAAUGGCACACAAAUUGAGAAUUAUCUUGGGUUUAUUGGGUAUGAAAGUUGGUGAAUUGCAUGGUUCUUUAACUCAAGAACAGCGUUUACAAUCUGUGAAUAACUUUAAAUCUUUAGAAGUUCCAGUUUUAAUAUGUACGGAUUUAGCUUCUAGAGGUCUUGAUAUUCCAAAGAUUGAAGUUGUUAUUAACUUUGAUAUGCCAAAGAGUUAUGAAAUUUAUCUUCACAGAGUCGGUCGUACAGCAAGAGCUGGUAGAGAGGGUAGAUCUGUUACUUUUGUUGGUGAGUCUUCACAAGAUAGAAGCAUUGUUAGGAGUGCUAUCAAGAGUGUUGAGGAAAGUUCUAGUAAAAACAAAGCAGUAAGCAGAAACGUUGAAUGGACACAAAUUGAAGAAACAAACAAAUUAGUUGAAUCAUUUGGUGAAACAAUUGACGACAUUUUGGUAGAAGAAAAGCAAGAAAAGGAAAUAUUAAGAGCGGAAAUGCAAUUACGUAAAGGUGAAAAUAUGAUUAAACACAAGAAAGAAAUUCAAUCUAGACCAAAGAGAACAUGGUUCCAAAGUGAAGCUGAAAAGAAAAAUGCCAAAAUAUUAGACACUUUACAAAAAAAUAAAAAGACGGUUAACAGUAAAAAGAGAAAGAGAUUAGAAGCCUUGGAAGACAAUGAUAAUUCCCGUUCAUAUAAAAAGACUCAAAAAGAUCGUGUAGUUGAUCAAGAAAGAUCGAUGAAGAAACAAAAAAUUGCCAAUGGUAAGAAAUCAAAGAAUAAGAAGAAAUUCAAUAAAAGAUAA